AUGCGACGUAGACCUGCCGGCAUCGCUCACGCACAGCAACGCACUAAACUCGAUAGAGAUUUCCAACAGAUCGGUGAUAACAUUGCUGCCAAAGAGCUCGAGCAGCUCCAAAAACAACUGGAUACAUUCAAAGAAAAUCUUCAAGAGUUUGCCCGGAAGCAUAGAAAGGAUAUACGCAAAGAUCCGACGUUUCGGGCCCAUUUCCAACGCAUGUGCGCCAAUAUCGGCGUCGAUCCUCUUGCCUCCAACAAGGGUUUUUGGGCAGACUUGCUGGGUGUCGGUGACUUUUAUUACGAGCUUGGUAUUCAAAUUAUUGAGAGUUGCAUAGCGACUAGAUCACGCGACGGCGGAUUGACGGAAAUAAAUGAGUUACAACGACGCUUGGAUAUAAUGCGGCGUAAUGGGAAGGGUGGAAAGCAGCAAGAAAUUACAGAAGAUGACAUUGUCCGGGCCAUUCGCACACUGAAGCCUUUAAGUGGUGGAUUCGAAGUAAUACCCAUUGGCAACCGAAAAAUGAUACGAUCUGUACCCAAGGAAUUGGAUAAGGACCAGUCUGCAUUGCUGCUACUAGCACAGAAAACGGAAUACUUGAAUAUCAAUAUCAUCCGUAAUGAAUUAGGAUGGAAUGAUACGAGAAUCAAGAAUGCUUUGGACCAUCUAUUGCAAGACGGCUUAGCAUGGAUCGACGAACAAGGCGAGGACGGAGACACAUAUUGGAUACCCAGUUAUUUUCAUUUGGAUGAGUAA